UGCUCAUGCACAGGUAGACUUCAUGGCAAAUUUAGGAUUUUCAUUCUGAAUGCAAUGGCACUGUGAGAUAAUAGGCUAUUGGAAAUACCAAGGUCAACCACAUUAAUUGUUAUCAAAUUUCACACAUUCGGACGUUUGCGCACGCGAUAAAACUGCACGCAAACUGACUUGCGUGGAGUCUUAAGACUCUUGAUUUGGCUUGGAGAGUGAAAGGUGACUCUCGGCUAUUCCUUCGCUUGAAUGUGCUAUGCUUGCUCCUUCCCGGGUAUUUUAAACUUCGCAGCAACACAGAUUUGAUACUAAUCUCAUAUUCCAAGGACAUAUUCUUCAUUUAGAAUACAUGGGCAAAUAAUUGAACACAGUUUUAGAGCAAAUCUUUCACACGUUUCAAACUCUUCAAAGCGCCCGACCCAUCCAUCCUUUUGAAAAGACAGGUAGGCCUAUCCACGAUUUUGACCAAACAUUGCUCUAGCUAUCUAGCACACUGAUUGCAGGUUACUAAUCAGUUGCUCAUAUUAGCGCUGGAGCAAAACCCUGCGCACCAGCACUCCGAGAGUAGAGCUACUCAGCGCAUUCUGCAGACAUUCAUUUUAGCCACAACAUUCCUGUAUUCUAGGCAACAUUUACCACCUAUUUAAAAGCAUCUGAUCAGACUCAUGUUAUACCAUGUUUCAUUUGGUCUGUGCAUUCUCACCCUAUUCUCAUAUAUUCGGCCACCUGUUGGGAGGAAAUGGCAUUCUAAAUGGAUCUCAACUCCGGGCGGGGCUUAGACGUAGCAAGCCUAUGAUUACAGCACACGAAACACCAUCUGUUGUGUUUUGCUUCCGUGAAAUCCGAGCCAGUAACUCUAUAUGCUGGUCUAACAAACGGGAAUUAAGAAUGGUUACAAAGAGGAUCCGAACGGAGUAUAUGAAGAGAUUCAAGGACCCGGAAUGGGAAACCUACGUCAAGUGUUAUGAGGAGAUGAUAAAGUACAGACUGACGAGAAGGCUUUUGGAACAAACUCAUAAUCCGUGGUUUUGGAACAAUGACAGUGACUCGGAAUCCAGCUGGUCCACUCCUCAAAAUAAUAAAGUUGAGCCAUUGGUCCUAAAAGAAGAUUCACAACGACAAUGUGCGAGAAAGAUUCCACCUAAAGAACCAUUGGAACAGAAGAUCCCCAUUUCAGAAGAACUGCAAGAAGUUGCAACUCCGGAGAACCCGCCACCCAUUGAUGUACAGGGUGCUGUGGGCGUAGGCUGUGGAGAGACAGAGGAAGAGAAGCUGAGACAAGGAUUAAUUGCCCCUGAGUCAGGGAAGAAGCCAGAGGCCCAAACUAAAACCAAACAGUCCAGAAAGCCCCCCAGGGCAUGGAGCCAGCUACGGAAGCCCAAAGAGACUGACAAGAAAAACAGGCACCCAUUUGCCCUGUAUGGAGGGGGUGAUAAGCCAGCUGAGAUGGCUAGGAAGAAGACUCACAAUGUGGGUCCAGCUGCAUCAACCAAGGAGGUGAUUACUCACAGCCAAAGCAAAUUCCAAAAGAUCCACCAGUCUGCAUUACGGGCCAAAACCAGACGGGAGGUUGAGAAGCAGGUGCAGAAAAUGGACAAGUGGAGAGUGCGGUCUGCAGAGCUGGAGAAAGUGACCAUAACCAAACCUGACUUUGACCCCUGGAUGACAGAGUACAUGCGCUGCUUUUCUGCCAGGUCCUGAUAGAUAUAGAGUGCAAUACUUUUGAUUAACAUAGGACGGGGAAUAUGGUAUUUGAAAUCAAAUAGAAAACAUAAAGAAUUAUUUUGUUUCCAAAGUUUGCAUUCACCAUGCUUUUCUCACAGCUUUUAAAACUUUUUAAUGUUCAUACAGUACAGUCGUGGCCAAAAGUUGAGAAUGACACAAAUAUUAAUUUUCAAAGUCUGCUGCCUCAGUUUGUAUGAUGGCAAUUUGCAUAUACUCCAGAAUGUU